AUGCCACAGUACGGGCAGCAGCAGCAACAAGCUGAUGGCUACGGUGGACCCCCUCCGUCGCCGGUGGUGGCAGGCAGCUGGGGAGAGAGGACGGGCUACGUAGAGGAAGGGUACAUGAGACAGGACCCUAACAUCGUCGCGGGGGCGGGAACCCCGAUCGCAUCGACAACCUCUGGGAACGGUGAAGGAACGUUCAUGGUGUCCACGGGCGGCGCGAACGCCAUGGGAGCGCCGCUGCAGUCGUUCUACCCGCCGUCCUUGUACGGCGUGCCUCCUUCAGUCUACCCUUACCAGCAGCCGGGAGCGUUCCCUGGGCCUUACGGUGGCGGGGCGGGCGGCGGCGCGGGAGGCACUGCGGGAGGCGCUGGGUCAACGGCUGGAGGAAACUUUUACGCCGGUGAGGACAGAUCGAUCGGUCGACCGACCAAGACAGCGGGCAAAACCAAUCGUCUUUUUUUGAUUCACAUCAUAUGUGCAUGGUCGGUCGGCGGCCCGCGGUGGUCCGGAGGACGCUGCCCCCAGUCCCAGCGCGUGCCGCAAACAUCCCGAUAA